ACUCUUCGCUAGAAUAUGGGAAACAAAUUUGACAAAGGAAUUUAAUCGAAUUCUCGAUGGUUAAUGGAAUGUUUGUUGACAGAAUCGUAUUUAUAAUUUGCCAUGUGCCUUCGUACGGUCCUGCUUAUGGUCGUCUGCUGUGACGCGGAACAAAAUGGCGUCGAGUAAUGAAGUGCCGGUAGAAAUCAACCAAAGUAGCAUGUGCACAGCGGAAAAUUCGACAUCAAAGAUGGAGUCCAUGGAAGUAUCAGAGACUGUUCCUGCGUCAAAUAAAGAUGCAACACCUUCCUCUUGUAAGGAAUCUGUUUCUGUGGAUGAUAUGACGUCACGAGACUAUUACUUUGACUCAUAUGCCCAUUAUGGAAUACACGAAGAAAUGCUAAAGGACGAAGUGCGUACUGUGACAUAUCGUAAUUCCAUGUAUCACAAUAAACACCUGUUCAAAGGGAAAACUGUUCUCGACAUUGGUUGUGGAACUGGUAUACUUUCAAUGUUUGCUGCCAAAGCUGGAGCAGCGAAAGUUAUUGGUAUUGAAUGUUCUAAUAUUGUUGAAUAUGCAGAAAAAAUUGUAGAAGCCAAUCAAUUGUCGAACAUCAUAACAAUACUUAAAGGGAAAGUCGAAGAAGUUUCAUUGCCAGAUGGUGUAGAAAAGGUUGACAUAAUUAUUUCUGAAUGGAUGGGAUAUUGUUUGUUUUACGAAUCUAUGUUAGAUACAGUACUCUUUGCUAGAGACAAAUGGCUCCGUGAAGACGGAAUGUUGUUCCCUGACAAAGCAACUUUAUUUAUUUGUGGUAUAGAAGACAGACAAUACAAGGAUGAGAAGAUAAAUUGGUGGGACGAUGUAUACGGAUUUGAUAUGAGUAGUAUAAGGAAAGUAGCGAUUAGCGAACCUUUAGUGGAUGUUGUGGACCCCAAGCAAGUUGUUACAAAUGCAUGUCUAAUCAAGGAAGUUGAUUUAUACACAGUGACUAAGGCUGAUUUGGAGUUCUCCUCGCCGUUCACCCUACAAGUUCGUAGGAACGACUAUGUUCAAGCAUUAGUUACAUUCUUUAACAUCGAAUUCACCAAGUGCCAUAAACGCAUUGGCUUUAGUACAGCACCGGAAGUACAGUAUACUCAUUGGAAACAGACAGUGUUCUACUUUGACGAAUAUAUGACAGUCAAGAAAGGAGAAGAAAUAUACGGUGUCUUUUCAAUGAAACCAAACGCGAGAAACUACAGAGAUCUGGAUUUCAGUAUUGAACUGGACUUUAAAGGGGAAUUGUGCCAAGUACACGAAACUAAUACCUAUCGUAUGCGCUGAUAUCUAUCAGAUGAUUCAUCUUCUUCCUUUUAUUUUCAUGGAUCAUAACACUGUGUAAUCAAAUAGAAGACCAGGACUUUUAAUUAUUAUUGAAUUAUAUUAGAUAAUUUAAUAAUGUUUAUCAGUAUGGUACAACGGAUGUUACGAAUUAUGCGAAUUAAUUUUAUUCUUUAAUUCUAAAAAACUUAGAAGGCUUCCCAUUUGAGAAUCGAUAGAAUAUUCCGAAUCUUCGUUAAUCUCGUUUAAGUUUUGUAAUACAUCAUACACUAAAAGAAUAAGAUCGAUACACAACUUAACUACAUAUAUUAAUUUUACUUUUUUUUCUCCUUAUGUUGUGUAUAAGUUGCACAUGUAAACUGCUAAAUCGAUAGCGAUUAUUAUUCAGAGAAAAUUUAUCAAUUCAGAAAAUACAUCUUAUUCAUCACAUUUUUGUACUGUAUUUUUAAAACUAAGUUUUUGUUCACGGCAUAUACUAUAUAUGUACCACCGUACUUCUGAGAAUAUUUUGAAACUGCUCAUUUACAUUAUGUAUGGCAUGUGGAAAUGUUUAAUAUUAUAUUUUGUUAAUUUGGUAGUAAAUUGAAACUUAUUUUUAGUACCACUUACUUUAUCAGCACCUUUCUGAAAACGUGCUCGAUAUCAGUGAUAUGUAUCAUCUGCUGACUUUUUAUUAAGAAAAUACUGAUAUUAACUUAAUUUUUAUACAUUACAUUUAAGUUACUAAUAUCGUUGUUACAACAUAUUCAACCAUUUUUAUAACCUUCUUAUAAAACGUAAUGGGUUUCUAACAUAUGCUUCGUUAAUAUCCAGUAAAAUAAUUUGCACGUAAAUUUACAUCUUAACAUUGUUUCGAAUUGCGUUAUCAAAUCUGUUUAUAGUAAAUGUAAAUGUGUACUAUAUUUUUCUAAAUUGGCAAAUUACAAUAACGGUGAAAAUGAUUAAAUUUAUUACGAAAAUUCGAUGAGUUUUAAAUAUGAAUAUAUGUUCCGUAUUUGCAUAGACAACGAUCUGUUCUUUGAAGCAUAUAAAUUUUACUUUGUAUCGUAUUCUAAAUAAGCAAUUGUGUUUGUUUUGAGUAUGGAUGUAAAUAAAAACAUUACGUAGAUAAUAUUAAAUAAAA